GCUCACUUUGGAGAUUGACUGCAACCUCUGUAUAGGAGGUGCCGCGCGAGCACUUAACGCCUGAUGGAUUUACAUAACGUGUGAUGACAGGAAGACCUCACAAAUCUGAAACAGACUUUUUUUUGCACAUUUAUUGCAGAGGCAUAAAGGUUUUUGUGGUAGCGGAAUACUCGGAAGAAGAGGUGGUUAACAUGAAGAUCUCAGAGGUGCUGACGUCUCUGAAGCGCGCGGUUCACAAGACUGUGUGGAGUGUGUAGAAGUUGUGUAUGUUCCUCAAAGAAUUGGUCCUCCAUGGAUUUUUUGGCCCUCCCUUAUGGUAAAAUGCUGGUUCUGGGGGCCAUCUCUGCUGCCUCAGCCUUUGUUGUCACCAUCCUCAUUGUGCUGGUGUGUGUGGGAUGUCACACGAAAAGGAAAAGGAAACACAGCCAUGCCAGUGUUGGGAGUCAAAGGAGGGACAUGGGUGUUCUUCAUCAGUCCAAGCUAAACUCCAUGAGUAAAUCAGACACACGUCUGCAUGAGAUGCAUCGAAUGCCUUACAGGGCAAAUGGUGCUUCUAGGAAUCGGCCAGCCAGCAUGGAUCUAUUGUUGCUACACAGUCAUCACUCAGCCUCUGACCACCACCCUCCAGUCUCUGGCUGCCAGCUAACCCGCAUUCCCAAUCGCCCUGAAAAUGUGGAGUGUGACCAUCUCUGCCCAGAGGAUGAAGGAUUAUAUGAAAGGGUUGGUGUUUGGCGAGCUCCUCCCCCAGCUCCACUCCUGAAUUCAGUACAAAGCCAAACAAUUACUGAAAACAGACAAGGAGCAGGAGAAGGAGGAGCGGAGAGUAGAGAACAAAAUGAGGCAGGCCAUGCAGAGGUGAUGGCAGAGUAUGCCUCUGUGAAGAAGGUGAGGAAGCUGGAGAGAGGGAGGAAGCAGGAAGGAUCAGAGGAGGAAAAUACUUCAGAGUCAUCCAGUAGCACUGUUCACAGGACAACCAUGGAGCCUUUCCACAUACCCAACAUGCCCAAGGGGGCAGUGUCCAUGAGUAAUGGAGAGGUGUACAUAUGGAAGCCUCCGGAAGAGAGCAACAUUCUCUCGAGUGGGCCAUCGCUGGAGAAUGGCCACAACAAUACCAGCACCACAGAGAUCUUUGCGACAUACUCUACCGUCUCUAAACCCCUGAAGAAGGAACAUUUGGGGCCAACACAGCAGACCAGUCAGCAAAUAGGCUCAGGGGACGGCUCUAAGGAACAUGUUUCAUGGCCAUCAGAGGAGCACAGCUACGAGACAGUGGGUGAGAAGACUUGGUCUAAGGUGGACCCGGCCUAUGCCACCAUCAAGCCCAGGCAAAAGAGAGAAAUACAGUGCAGUAGCACAUUAAAGCCAAAGAAGAGGCAUUCUGGGCCAGUGCAGGGACCAGGGAGGGCCAUGACCUGUGAGAACUUUUAUGAGACCAUUGGGAAUAUGAAGGAGGGCACCAACACCACCAGCACCACCAUUGUAACAUUGGAUGAUGGCGUAAAGAUGUACGUCACAGGGCUAUAAAGAUCUUGGCUGGGUACAUGUGAAUUCAAAAGUAAUAUAAAAAAAGAGACUGGACCGUAAUGUGAAAUGCCAGCAGAUGUGCAUUCUCAGGUUAUGGUGUAAAACAGUGGAGAUCAAUAUACACCAGUCUGUAAUGUAUUUGUUUAUCAACAAAGACAAAUGAAUAUAUACUAUAAACUUAUUCAGACUAAUGGAGUCAACAUUUAUAGCUCCAAAAGGCCUCUUCAUCAAAUCUGGUGUCUCUGCUGUGUUACAGUCUUUACUGAAAGUAUUGGGCUAACACAUGGCCCUGUCAAGACCUCACUAGACCUGUUUUUACCAAUAAUCCUAUUUAGUCUUUUUCAGAAGGUUAUUUUAUUAUAAAGAGUAUUUAUGUUAUGUGUGGAUUUUUAAAUGGUAUAGAUAGCUAUGCAUGUUUCUGUUGGUGUUUUUGUUUUUAUCUCAGCGUAGACUUAAAAGCCGUAAAGGCAACAAUUCUUGACUAUUUCAUUGGUUUUUGUUUCUUUUUCAAAUGACAUGGCAUGUAUUAUAUUUGGCUGUCAGGAAAAACUAGAAGGGUUUCCCCCCAGAGAAAGUCUUCUUUUUAUGUCCCAAAUUGGACACUCAAGCAUUUUUCAGCAAAGAGGCGAAGACUUUUAUAGGAAAGAAGAGACAAAAAAAGCACUCUGUUAACAAAGCAAGGCAAAAUGCACAUAGUGUGUUAUUUUUUAAAGGUAUUGCUGACAUUUAGGUUUAUAGGGGCCUGCAGUACCAGCAUGCAGGAGCACUGUAGUAUGUAAUGGCUAUGUGUCUGGCAGGGUCUACAUUCUGUCCACAGGUGCCAGUUCUGGACAAUGGUCGCUGCUUUAUUUGGCUGCUGACUGGUCUAAACAGCAGUGCUAAACACAGGAUAAGGGAAACCUAUCAUCAGUCCCAGUCACUAACAAGAAUCUUUUAAAAGGAAACCUCCUGCUGUAGUCUGUAGUCUUUCUGCAUGUUUCAGGACGGUGAAAAAAGAAAACAAACCAAAAGUCCCACACAAUACAAACAAACACUUCACAUUAUGCAUGGCAUGUAUAAGGCUUAUUACACAUAAACAUAAUUAUUAAAUCUAUUUACUUUAAAGAUUAAGGGCAAAUUCGGUGCUGUUGUGAAUAAAUAUUAGCUCAGGGAUUAAGGUCAGAUUAGUUAUAAUACAGAAAAUUGACAAUGUUUUUUUUUCCAACCUGGGGAAUUCAAAUAUGUUGGGUUAUGUCAGUACAGUAUCUUUUUUUUGUACAUAUAUUAUAUAUCAAGAUUGAAUAUGAGAUUUUUAUUUAUUUUCUUAAAAAAUAAAA